ACAUUAAUCUUUCAAGUAGGUCCAUAAAGCAACAAAUAACUAGGUAAAUACAAGUAAAUAUCAAGUUAGAUAGCAGGUAACCGAAGAAGCAGCCGUGGACGUGGACAAUUGAAAUAUGAGAGCUAAUUGGCAAUCGCCGCUCGAGAUUGAAUAUCAUUUUCACCACGAUCACGACACUAUUAUCGAUUAAGUUGUUACGUCGGUUUUAGAUAUAUCGGGAUUGAAAUUAGCACCCAAUUUACGUGAGGAAUCCUACCUAUUCCUUUUCAUAUCCAAGAGGUAGGUAACUGCGAUUGGGAAGUUCCCAAAAAUAAUUACAGAGAAACAUCUUUUAUAUUAAUUAUUUUAAUACGUUUAUUUGUAUUUUUUUUAAUUGGUACCUUCGCUGUAGCACUUUUGUUUAUUCGAAUUAAUUAUUUUUAUUUUAUUAAUUGUAAGUAGCAACGCACUGUAGUCAGAACAAUACCUAAAGUUUAUUGCUUUUUUACAGUUUCGUUAAGAUAGAUGAAGUCUUUGAAAUAAUUUAAAUUAGGUACGCACAAAGAAACACUUAAAUAUAACCGAACAACCGAUUAAUGUAUCAUUUUGCUACGAAAAAAUAAAAUUUUUACAAUACAAAAACGUUUGGUGUCGCGCCGCCCGCCCACAUCGGUAUUCUCGGCCAAUAGAGAUGCGAAUGGGGCGGAGCGAUGGCUGCCACAGAACUCUUAAAACUUGAAGCCCACUUUACAGCCGUCAAUCUGAAACGAUAUUUCAGCGUCAACAUGACUCGAUGUCGCGCCUCAUUUGUAUUUCUGUAAUCCGUGGGCUCGGUUCGUGUAUCAUGAAUUAAGUAGGUGGUUGUGUCGAAAGUAAAGUUCCGGGACAUAUAAACAAAUGCAAAACGAGGGUGUAGUGGAGAAUGGUCCUGGGAACAGUCGGAAGGCGCUGAGGACUCCGAAGUGCGCGCGAUGUCGCAACCACGGCGUGAUCUCUUGCCUGAAGGGACACAAGAGAUUGUGUCGCUGGAGGGAUUGUCGGUGCCCUGGAUGUCUGCUGGUGCUGGAGCGACAGCGCGUCAUGGCUGCUCAGGUGGCUCUCCGCCGGCAGCAGGGUGCAGGCGAUGGUGAGGCUCGGGACGGCGAGGCAGCCGCGCUGGCAGCUCGUAAGCGAGCUUACCGCGCCCGGCUGCGAUGCAUGCAGAUGUCCAGGACAUGUCCGAUACAGCCGUCUAUUUAUGGUACGGAGCGGGUGUUCUCAAAUGACCCAGCAUGGAACGAGCGCGUGCGACGCCGUCGAGCCUUCGCCGACGUUGAGUUAGAGCGCGGGGCGGCGCCUCUGCCGCCGGCGGCCCCGCCUUCCGCUCUACUCUGCAGGAACUUGCUCGCAGCAUUGCUUACUACUUACGCACCAAUACCACCGCACAAUGAACCACAGAGGAAAAAACUCUCUUUUUCCAUCGAAUCUAUCAUAGGCGUCCAGUAGUUUUAAAACUGAGUGCAAAUUUCGGCAAAAGGAAGGUAAGGUAGGUGCAAUGUCCAUGUUAAUUUAAAUAAAAUUCAAACAUCUUUGAACAAUGAGUGCUUUAUUAACGAAAUGUAUGGUAAAAGAAUGUCUAUUGUGAGGUCAUUUUAUUACAACCAGAACUUAGAUUUAAACAACUGAUUAAUAUCUGGAUUAAGAUAACUUUUACAUUUGUUUAUUACUUUUAAUUAAUUAAUAAUUAAUUUGAUUUAUUAUAUAAAAUGAGUACAGAAUUUACAUUUCAAAAGCGUGUUGUACAAAUAUAUUUUUCUAAAAUUAUAAUUUUUAUAUUGUUAAUUUUGAACGAGUCGCCUAGGGUUAGGCCUUAAAGUAGAGGUAGGUAGUGUCUAUUACAAGAUUCAUUUAUCUGUACUCACUUUAUGUAAAAACAACACAAUGACGUAUGGUAUGUAAUUUUGUACCGGUUGACUUAUAGCUGAAAUUAUG